CGGAGAUACACUUCAAUAUGGGAUUUAGUGGAAUGGACGUGGGAGGCAAUGUGAUCUUCCACACGCCUCUUUGACCUCCUCUCUACAUUUACCAGGUAAGGCUGACUCACACCAACUCCAGAGGGUUUCCACAUUAUUUUUCCCUCACUGGACUGGACUGAACUGGAAUGCCAGGAUGCCCAUACUGGACAAAGAGACAUCUAAAGGUCACACAGACAGCCAGGCCUUGCCCAAGGUGCCUGUGCCACCGCUGAAGCAAACCCUCGACUUGUACCUCAGGUGUGUUCAACACCUGGUGAAGGAUGAGCACUUUCAGAAGACAAAGGCCAUCGUGGAGAAGUUCGGGGCUCCUGAAGGCACCGGGGAGUUUCUCCAGAAGAAACUGCUCGAGAGGAGGGACAAAACAACCAACUGGGUCUAUGACUAUUGGCUUGAGGAUAUGUAUCUGAACAACAGGUUGGCCCUACCAGUCAACUCCAGUCCUGUCAUGGUGUUUCCCAAGCAGACGUUCAGCGAUCAUAAAGAUGCCCUCAGAUUUGCUGCCCGCCUCAUCGCAGGAGCACUGCAAUAUAAGGCUCUCAUUGAUACGCGGGCACUGCCAGUGGAUUAUGCUCGGGGCCAGCUGGCUGGGACGCCCCUGUGCAUGGAGCAGUACUACCGCCUCUUCACCUCCUACCGCUUGCCGGGACUAAAGAGAGACACGCUGAAGGUCCAGACCAAUGCGGCCUCCUCUGAGGCAGAGCACAUCAUUGUGGCAUGCAAGAACCAGUUUUUUGUGCUGGAUGUUGUCGCAAAGAACAAGCAGCUCAACGAGAUGGAGAUUUUAUCCCAGCUGGAAAAAAUUGUGAAAAUGGCAGAGAAUGCUGAAGAGAGACUCCCUCCUUUUGGUGUUCUGACAUCCGACGGGAGAACGGAAUGGGCGCAAGCCAGAGAUGUCCUAAUAAAAGACCCGACCAACAGGAAGUCUUUGGAGGUGAUAGAGAGCUGUCUGUUUGUGGUGUGUCUGGAUGAGCCCAGUGGGUUGGAGCCCAGUGAUACCAAUCGGGCCCUGCUGAUGCUACAUGGGGGAGGCCGGGAGAAGAAUGGGGCGAACCGCUGGUAUGACAAGCCAAUGCAGUUUGUUGUAGGAAUGGACGGGGUAUGUGGAGUGGUGUGUGAGCAUUCGCCAUUCGAGGGGAUAGUCCUGGUGCAGUGUUCUGAAUAUCUCAUGAAAUACCUAACAACGAGCCCCUCCAAGUUGACGAGGUCCAGCAGCAUCGCAGAUCUUCCUCCACCAAGAAGGCUGCUCUGGAAAUGUAACUCGCACAUCCAAGGACUCUUAGCCGCCUCGACAGGAAGGCUCCAACGACUGGUGAAUAAUCUUGACAUGGACGCAUACAAGUUCAAAUUCUAUGGGAAAGAAUUCAUCAAGAAACAGAAGAUGAGUCCAGAUGCAUUUAUACAAGUUGCCUUACAACUUGCAUUUUACAGAUGUAAUGGAAGGCUUGUGUCCACUUACGAGAGUGCCUCUAUUCGGCGUUUCCAAGAGGGUCGGGUAGACAACAUCCGCUCAGCCACCCCUGAGGCCCUGGCUUUUGUGAAGUCCAUGACGGAUGAGAAGGCCAUUUUCACCGAUUCAGAAAAAAUGAAAAGAUUCUGGGAUGCAAUCAAAGCCCAGACAGAUUACACAGUUGCAGCUAUUACAGGGAUGGCAAUAGACAAUCACCUCCUCGGGCUUCGUGAGAUUGCAAAGGAGCUCAACAUGGGGAAGCCAGAAAUCUUCUCUGAUGAGACAUAUGUGAAAAGUAAUCAGUUCAUCCUCUCUACCAGUCAGGUCCCUACCACACUGGAAAUGUUCUGCUGCUACGGCCCGGUGGUGCCCAACGGCUAUGGGGCCUGCUACAACCCGCAGGCAGACCACAUCAUCUUCUGCGUGUCCAGUUUCCGGGAGAGCACCGAGACGAGCUCGGCUGUGUUCGUCAAAGCCCUGGAGGAGGGCCUGCUGGAGAUCAGGGAUCUGUGCAAUAGGAGCAGUGCUGCAGCCUCUAAACUGGCUGAUAGCGGCCAGGGAGCCAGCCAGCCUCGUAAAACAGGGAAGUAAGCCAUACUGAGAGAUCACGCCCACUCAGCUGCUCCUCUCAGCACUAUUAGACUUAGUUUUAGACUAACUAGUUGCGAUUUCUCCGUGUGUCUUUGUUUGUGCAAUAGUGAAUGACCCUUUUAAAAGCCUUAAAAAUCUCAUGUAACUAUAUAUGUACAUAUAAAUUAUAUAUGGAAAAUGGAGAACUAUGAAGGUUUUCAAUUUUGGGUCUAUGUAGACAUCAGAAUGAUCUCGGGUCUACAGUGACUCUGCUAGACUCAGCAGACUAAAACAACUGGCCUGCUGCCCUUAGGAAACUGAAGCCAUGCCUGCUUUUCAGCACUGAUGUGAAGGACAACUCCUCUGCCAGAGGAUGAUUGAACUGAAUGAUCUCAGUGUAUGUCUGAUAUGUAGAGUAGCCUAGUGUAUUAGACUUGAGAGGAAUCUGCAAAUAAUAUACCUACACUAUAUUCAAGUGACUUAUGAAAAUUAUGGCAUAAACCUCAUCGUGCCAACAUGCGUCACUACACGUGUGCUAUUGUUGUUGGUAUGGACUGGAUCCAUGGCACUACCAGAUCCACUUUUAUGUGCUAUAGUCAAUUUUACUGUUGUCGCAUUACAGUAGAUAUGUACAGUGACAUGUAGAGACAAUAUUAGUCCGCCAAAGAGGUUGUAUUAUAUUUGAAGUCUGGCUAAUGAGACACUUUAAGAUACAAAUGAAGGAAGAAUCAACUGUAAAAGCUAAGGAUCACAUAGGAUUUAUGAUUUUA